UCUAGGAAUGUGCUGCAGACCUCAGAAGCCAUUUUGAGAUGAUGUCCCUGUUGAGAAAGCCUAUGAAGAUGCUGAAAUCAACGAACAUGGUUACAUUUCUGUCUGUUUCUCCCUCCGUCUCCUCUAUUUCACCAUGGCAGCUGUCAACCGACGGGACAUUAGCAAAGCGGGGUAUCAAGCUGUGCUCACAGAGUUAAAACGUCAUUGAUAUGAAAGAGGAGAGUGUCUGUUUACUGUCUCUGUCGAGACAUGUAACACCGUGAGUUUUUUCCAGUCUGAAAUCUUCCUGCAUCUCUCACAACCCAACGUCUCCUUGAGUGACUGAGUUAAUUCACUCUUGUACCGGAGAGAAGGGAGGCAGAUCCGUUUUCCAAUGGCUUCUGUGAGCCUUGUUUCCAGUCCCCCUGCCCCUGUUCUUGACAAAAACAUGACAGACUCUGAGCUUGCAGGGGAUGAAAGAGAGGAUGGCGAACUGGAAGAUGGAGAAAUAGACGAUGAAGGGAUUGGGAUUGAAGAGGAAAACAAAGAGGCUACAGAGGUGAAUGAAGACAAAGAGAAGGAAAAAGAAAAAGUUAAAGAGAAAGAAGAGAAGACUCACAGGCACUCCAGGAAAAGAUACAAAAAGACCAAAGAGAAGAGGAGGUCCAAAAGGAGGCGGCAUGACAGACAGAAACACCACUCCCCCUCCAGCAGCUCCAGCUCGGACAGUUAUGACUCCGACUAUGAUCGACCAGAAAGGCCCAAAAACCGCAAAGUCCAGGGAUCUGAUGGCCAGACCUCUCAGCACGGACGAGAUUCAAAGGGAGGCCAUGGAAACGUACAGAAGUCGCCGCCGCACAAAAGCAGUGAUUUUGACAAAUACAGCGACUACAGCGAUGACAAGUAUGACUAUGACGAAGAGGAAGAUGUUUACGAAGAUGACAUGUCCGAGUAUCAGCAGUCAAAAGAUUCAAUAUCCCAGAAUCGGGGAAAGGGACGCCAUGCCAAAGAGCAGAUGAAGAAAGGAAGCAUGAGGGGGAUGAAACAACAGCAGUUUGGGCAGAGAGGAAGAGGCCGAGGGAGUGGGCCGGGAAGAGGACGUGGGAUGCUUUACAAGAACAAGAAGCUGAAGGGCAAACCCUGGGGAGGACGUGGACGAGGUCGAGGAGGAGACCAGUGCAUGGAAGACAUGGUCCCGGAAGGAAAAAACUCUUCCGGUUUUCAGAAGAAACGGCCGAUUAUGAGCAAAGAGUUUAUCAAUCAACACACAGUUGAACACAACGGUAGAUACAUCUGCAAGUAUUUCCUGGAGGGUCGAUGCAUUAAGGGGGAACAGUGCAAGUUUGAGCACGAGCUUGUCGUGCCAGAUAAGAAAAAGGAACUUUGUAAAUUUUACCUCCAAGGAUACUGCAGUAAAGGAGAUAAUUGCAUUUACAUGCACAAUGAAUACCCGUGCAAGUUCUUCCAUACAGGAGCCAAAUGUUAUCAAGGGGACAACUGCAAAUUCUCCCAUGACACUUUGAACAAUGUGACCAAAGAGUUGCUUGAUAAGAUAAUUAACACCGAGGAGGAGAACGCCCGCGAGGACCAGUUGGAGCUGGAGGAUCUGAGAAAGCAGGGUAUCGCUCCACUUCCGAAGCCUCCUCCUGGGGUGGGGUUGCUGCCCACUCCUGGUCAGAGCAGUCCUACAGAUGGAGCCUCGGGCCAAGCGGGGAAGAAGAUCCCCUCCCUGUUUGAAAUCAAUGUUCAACCUACUGUAGACUUGGCACAAAAAAUUGGCCUAAGUGGAUCCAACUUCUCCCAGAAUCAAGUUGAAGCCACCAAUCAGUUUAGUGGAAGCUCAGAGGACAUACAGAGUGGAGGUAUGGUGCCUUCAGGGCCGUCUGCUCCUCCUAUACCUCCCCCUGCACCCCCUGUUCCUAUGAUUCACCCCACUGGACCACCCAUGCCACAGAGCCCCCCUGGACAUCAUCCACCGCACGGAUUUCCAAUGCCGCCACCAAUCCCCCCGGGUCAACCUCCACCUUUCCAUGGAAACCGACUCAACAUGAACCCUAAUAUGCAGAGGCCUCCUCCAUUCCCCCCUAUACCAGAUCUACAGAUGCUGCAGAGUCUCUUCCCUUUUCCAUCCAUGGGUCAGAACCCAGUAGAGUUCUUCAGCAACUUCCUCCGAAACCAGGCCAUGGCUCCCCAAGGAGUAGACCCUGGUCUGGCCUUCAUGCAGAACCUCCAGCAGAAAAUGGGUGCUGAGUCACAGUUGCAUUCUUUACCACCAGCAGUACAGAAGGCCAUCUUUUUACACCUGACACAGCAGCAACAACAAGAGUCACUUCCACAGGGAAAUGAGGCACCGAGAGCGGAGGGCCAGGAUGAUAACACUUCAAACAGAGAUGAAACUACAAACUGGUACUCAAGCGAUGAGGAGGAUGGGAGCUGUGUUUCCUCCAUCCUUAAAUCUCUCAAGAAGCAGAAUGAGAUGCAUCAGUCUCAGUCCAAGCCCCCCCAGGCUGCCCCAGUAUCUUUGGCACUGGGGGACCCUCGGCUUGUGAAGGAGAGGGCUCCACCCAGUGACCCCCGCGUGAAGACAGACCCACGACAGCGACCCCCGGAUAUGAAAAAGGAGUCCGACGGAGCUGCAGACCCGCGGUUCUCAAGAGACCCCAGGAAGAUUAGACCAAUGGAGCCGAGUUCCUACCGCCAGCAGAGCCACUCUGGUCCUAAGAAGCCUCCUACAGGAGAUGAGGAUGAUGAAGGAGAGCGGGAGCUCAGGGACAAAGCUGUGCUCAUCCCUUUAGAUGGCAGCCCCGAUGUGGUGCUGCGGGACCCUCGUUGCCAGUUAAAGCAGUUCAGCCACAUCCGGGUGGACAUCCUGCUCCAGCGGCCAGCAUUUGCUCACACAGUGGUGUGGGCCCCUGAGGACCUCAUCCCUUCCCUGGUGCCCAAACAGGAACACUCCAUCAACCUGCCCCUUCCGCCCCUAAUUGCAGAUGCUCAGAUGAACCGAACGAGCCUGUCUGACCAUCCCCCCGUCUCCAGCCCACCAACUAUUGACCCCAGACUGGUAGCUGCACGUUUGAAAGAACGUAUGAGUCGAUUAGCCUCUGGAUCUCUAGAGUCUCGACCCUCCACUGAAAGACCUGUAGAUCCGCGUCAGCAGAAGAGUCUAGACCCCAGACUCAAGCGUACAGUGAGCCUGGACUCCAAGCUGCUCGGUCAGAAAGUGCCCUCCUCUGGGGGAGGGGUUGUGGACCCCAGGUUACAGAAGGCCAGCUCCACUCCUCAUACUGUCCAAGCUAAGCCAGAGCCUGAGAAGCUGCCACCUUAUGCCCCUCGUCUGGCAUCCUCUGGUGGAGGGCUAGAGAGCCCCACUACAAUCCUUGGGGGCAUCACUCUUUACGAUCCUCGCAAUCAAAGCGAGCAGGCUCAGAAGGAGCAGGCAGAGCCUCCCAAAAAGUUGACGAUUCUGAAACUCCCAGCUAAGAAAGACAAUUCUCCGCCACUUUCGCCGACCCUGCGAAGUGGCACUUUGGAAGAGGCCAAAUGCACAGAUGUCGCUUCAGAUCAGACUAAACUUUCCAGUUCUCCCGCCGUGCAUCCAGCCUCACCUGUCAAACCCCCUGCAGUUCAUAUCCUCCCCAUCCAAGCACUGGCCGGGCUCAUCCGACCCCAGUACACUGACCCCAGGCCAGUCAAACUUGGAGGACAGGGCUCUGCAGGAGCUCAAGAAGAGGCAGAGGAAAAGAAGCAAGAGGUAAAGAAGGAGCAGGCGGAGGCCAUGGAGGAAGAACCAAAACAGGACGGCCAAGAUGAGGAGGUGGACGACAGGACACUUAAAGAUGUGUUCAAGACUUUUGAUCCCACUGCUUCCCCUUUUUGUCAGUAAACAGUGUGGAAUUAUAUAAAAGUCACAGAAGAUUUGUAUUUUGAUGAGACGUGUCUAUUAAUCUUUAUUAAGCUUCACGUGAACCUAUUUAUUUCUGUAUAUAAAUGAUCCUGUACAAAAUCACAUAGUAUACCACAUGUUGUCAGUAUGGAGAUUAUGCUACAUAAUGUGCACAGACACAGUGUAUAGUUACUUCUAACAUAAUCAUAUCGAUGCGGAAAUGUGUGUUUUGAAAGUGUGUAUGUUAAGGUUUUUUUAUCAUUGUGUAAUUUUCAUGUACCUUUUAAACAAUUUGAAAAAAAUAAAUAAUUUUCACUUGUAUAGUUUUCACUAAGGACAGACCCAUGUGGGUUCAUUCAAGGCAUUACACCCUGUAGAAUAGAUCAUCCACUCACUCAGUCGCAGAGAGGUAACGCUAAACAAUCCAUCAAACAAUAAUUGUAAGAAUUCCCUUGAGUUUUUGUAUUUCCUUAUUUAUUUCAAGGCACUUUUAUAUUAUGAUAUUAUGAUUAUCUUUCUGUUUAUGCUCAUUGUUAUGUUAUUUUUCACAAUAAGUCAAUAGAUGUUUUCGUAUUUACUUUUUUUUUACCUCACACCCUGAUAUGAGUUUAUGAUUGACAUGAUCGGGUCAGAUAAUCAUAAUAUGAGACGGUUCCCUGCUUAGCUGAGAAGAAACGUGUUAUUUUGCAACAUUGCAGUCAUUCAAUUUGUGUUUUUUACAAUGUCGUUCCUUUUUUGUUUUAACUGCCUAAUGUAAGUCGCUGUAGGCUUUAACUGGCUAACCUAGCAGUGAUGACAGUUAAUUGAGUAUAUUAAUAUUGCUUACUUCAUUUGAUUUGUCUUUUCUUCGAAACACUCAUAUGUUUUGUUUUCAUAUGUUUUCAUCAGAAUACGAUAAAAAGCAGUGUACAAUACAAAAGAGUGAAAAUAUUAUCUUGGUCACUUUGCAUUGAUAUAUAUUUCAUAAAAGUAUGACCUUAAUGACCAUUUUAUGUUGAAUUUUGUUAUCUGUAGAUGAACACAUACAGGGUUAUGUGUCCUACAAAGGGUGAAUGUUGUGGGCUCAAGGCAGCAUAAUGCUCAACAGUUUGUAUUAUUUGACAUUUCGUGUCUGUAAGGUGAGCCUUGUUGGACUGAAACUAAGCUAUGUACUUUUUUAUUAUCGUUUUCAUAAUUCACAUUGUAAAUGCCUAUUUUGUAUCACUUGUACAGUCUGUUUUUGAGUGUUUUAAUGAAUAAUGCUUUAUUUUUUCCCGUCAGUUUGGUGGUAAUGGUUGUGAUAAUACUGUAAGACAUUUUAACAACACAUAUGCCCGUCACAUUUUAGGGAUUUUAUUGUGAAAACCUGAAAUAAAGAGAUAAGACAAAAGGUAA